ACUUCCGCUUCCGGUUCCUUCUGGCUGGUCAGCUGACUCUGACUGAUGCUGUCAGGAGACUUCAUCAACUGUAUGGCAACGAUGAGAGUAUCAUUUAACAUUCAGUAAUACGCUACUAAGGUUACAUUUUUCUGCCAACGACCACAGUUUAAUUCAUAGAUUGGUCUCUAGUCCAAGCAGGAUCAUGACUGAGUUUUGGUUGAUCUCUGCUCCGGGAGAGAAAACCUGCCAGCAAACAUGGGACAAAAUGAUGACGGCAACCACGCGCACUAAUAAUCUUUCUACCAACCACAAAUUCAGCAUCCCAGACCUGAAGGUUGGAACACUCGAUGUUUUGGUUGGGCUUUCGGAUGAAUUAGCCAAAUUAGAUUCUUUUGUUGAGAGUGUGGUGAAGAAGGUGGCUCAGUACAUGGCCGACGUGCUGGAGGACAGUCGAGACAAAGUGCAGGAGAACUUGCUGGCCAACGGAGUUGAUCUCGUCACCUACGUCACACGGUUCCAAUGGGACAUGGCCAAGUACCCCAUCAAGCAAUCACUGAAAAACAUUUCUGAAAUCAUCUCAAAGCAAGUCAUGCAAAUUGACACCGAUUUGAAGAGCAGAGCAUCAGCUUAUAACAACCUGAAAGGAACCCUACAGAAUUUAGAAAGGAAGAACGCGGGGAGCCUGCUGACCAGAAGCCUGGCUGACAUUGUUAAGAAGGAGGACUUUGUUCUUGACUCUGAGUACCUUAUCACUCAGCUUGUCGUGGUCCCAAAAACAUCAUAUGCUGACUGGCAGAAAACAUAUGAAAGCCUUGCUGAGAUGGUGGUGCCUCGAUCAUCCAAUCUUCUUUUUGAAGACAAUGAAAGUGGAUUGUUCAGCGUGACCUUAUUCCAGAAAGCAAUUGAUGACUUCAAACACAAAGCCAGAGAGAAUAAGUUCUCUGUGAGAGACUUUCAGUACAAUGAAGGGGAAAUGAAAGCAGAUAAAGAAGAGAUGACUCGGCUGUCUACAGACAAAAAGAAGCAAUUUGGCCCACUUGUUCGAUGGCUCAAGGUGAACUUCAGUGAGGCCUUCAUCGCAUGGAUCCACAUUAAAGCCCUAAGGGUUUUUGUUGAAUCUGUUCUAAGAUACGGACUGCCGGUGAACUUUCAGGCCAUGCUACUGCAGCCGAGCAAGAAGACUACAAAGAAGCUGAGAGAAGUGCUCAAUGAGUUGUACAAACAUCUGGACAGCAGCGCUGCAGCAAUUAUUGAUUCAGCGAUGGAUAUUCCAGGGUUGAAUUUGAGCCAGCAAGAGUAUUAUCCUUACGUGUACUACAAGAUUGACUGCAACCUUCUGGACUUCAAAGUGUAAAACUUUGCCACACUCUUCAUGGUAAUGAUUCAGUGCAGUUUUUUUUCAUGGAACAUCCUCACUUGCUCCCCCGUUCCUGGAGUCUCCUCACUUCCACUCUUUAAUGACGCGCACUGAGCGAGAAUAAUGCAUGUUCAUUCCUUGUGGUUACAGCAGGCUUCUACGUACCACUUAUAAAAGGUACUUUUUAGAGAGGCCCCACCAUACCUUCUCAGACUUAUGUUUAAAAAUCUUCUUAUUCUGCAUGAUGUGGAAGGGCCAUAUCAUGAUGUUGGUAUGUUUACCUACCACUGGUUCAAUUAUCAUGCCCCUCCUAAAUCGACCGAACAGGGGAAUUUCCUGAGAUUUUCACAAAUUCUUAUAAAUUGCUCUCGUCACAACCAGUACUCAGUGCUGUUUUUUCUGGAACACGUCAGCCACAAAGGUUUUUUCGGGAUGCGCAAAUAUUGCAUCAAAACCAGAAUAAGGCAGCAAUGGUAAGAUUUGUGGUUAUCAAGUAGCUGAAGAGCUAACGCACAGACAGCUAUUUUAUGAACUAAGCACAGUUUCAUGUUGGAUUUUCACAACAGUUCUCCAAUAUUUACCAGCAUAUUAUCAAAAUAAAUGCUUGGAUCCACUAUCAUUUUAAAAGCUCUUGAAAUGAAAGGCCAUGGGCUUGAAAGACUUUUGUUUACAGUUUAUUCUAAAUACCAACAUUGUGAAAUAAUAGAAUUAAAGAUGUUGAA